AUGGAGAGAGGAUUCAACUUCAAGCUGUUGGUGCCUCCUAGAGUCAACCCAAUCCCAGGACAGGUUUCUACCGUCAAACCACAGGAAAUAGUGGAGGAUGGGGGAUGUUUCAUGCAAGCUUUGCAGCAGGGUUAUAAUAAAUGUUUGGACAAAGAGUCAAACAUGCCUUUUCCCUCUAUGAAUACGGUUGUGCCAACAAAACCCACCAGAUCAGAUGUAUUCAAGAUGAAAGUUGUGCCACCAAUGGAAAAUGAAGAAACCAAUUGCAAACCCAGUCAGCUGUAUUCAAAACUGUUUGAAGAAGUUCAGAAAGUAAAAUAUUGGAAAGUCAAAGUGGACUCAGAAGCUGUGCAAAAAGACAGGAAGCUGCAAGAAAACAAAAGAACAAUUGAAACCCAACGUAAAGCCAUUCAAGAAUUGCAGUUCGGAAAUGAAAGCCUCAGCAUAAAACUAGAGGAUCAGAUCAGUGAGAAUGAUGAUCUGCAGAACAAAAACAAUGCAACACGGAACCUAUGUAAUAUACUAAAGGAUACGUUUGAAAGAUCAGCUGAGAAAAUCCAUCUAUUUGAAUCUGAAAGAGAGGAAACCCAUCACUUGUUCAUGGAAAACAGUGAAACUAUUCAGAGGAUGAAUUCUGCCUUUGAAAGCCUACGUAUUCAAGCAGAAACUGACCGCCAUGAAAUGCUGAAAGUCAAAGAGGAUUUGGAAGAAUUUGCCGUUUUAAAGGAGAAGUUUGAGAAAGAAUUCAGUAUGAAAGAAGAAGAGGAAAGUAGAAAAGCUAUUGCUACAGCAUUAGAAAGCAACAAAGAGGAGAAUGCAAAGGUCAUUGCCAAGAAAGACUCAAGCUUGGAAGAGCUCAACAAAAUAAAAGAUCAACAAGCAGACAAGCUUGUACAGAUUCAGGCCACAGCCCAGGAAUUUCAGACAUCAUUAACAGUUGAGAUACAGAGGGCAAAAGAACUUGAACUGAAGCUUACGGCAGUCACAGAGGAACUUCACAGGAAAAACCUUGAAUUAGGUAAAGUAUUGCUCGGCUUCGCCUCAGGGGAAUUGAAAUCCUUAAAUGUCAAAGUUGAAGAGCAAGGCCAAGACACUGAGAAUCUGCAGAAGAAACUUGAAGAAAGUUGUGGAGAUCUGCAGGCUGAGCUCUCAAAGAAAGAUAAACAAAUGAAAGCAGUGGAGUCAAAGCUGUCCAACCUGAAGAUAAAAUUAGAGAGUAAAACUAAAGUCCAGGACGAAUACCAAAAAGAGAUAAACAAAUUGAAAGAGGAGUCAGAAAAUGUUCAACGAUCAAAUGAAGAGGAAUGUAAAAAUUUGCUUGAUGACCUUGAAACCAAAUCAACAUCUGAGACAGAGCUUCAGAAAAAGGUGCAAAAGCUACAUCUUACAGCAACAGAUGCCGUCAAGAGUAAGGAAGAUACUGAAAUCAAAUGUCAGAACAAGAUAGCAGACAUGGUUGCCUUGAUGGAAAAGCACAAGAACCAGUAUGACAAAAUGGUUGACGAGAAAGAUGCAGAGCUUGAUGAGAAGAAGAGGAAAGACAUGGAGGCAACUGCUAAUAGAACAUCACUGGAAUUGGCGCUGUCACAGCAGAACAUUGAGAAUGACCGUUUGAAGGAACAACUAAAGAAAGAAAUGAACGAGAGGGAAACCGAAGCUCUCAGAACUCCAUCUUGGAGCUCCACCAAUAUAGUUAGUGCAACACCACGGAUUAAGUCUUACAGAAUCAGAACUCCUCCGUCCACUGGGAAAUCUGUGCCCUGGGGGAAGAGCACCUUGGAGCUUGACCCCAAGUCUGACAGCUCGGAACAUAAUGAUUUAUUGAUCCAGAGCCCUGCCAUUCAGAAAUCACCUGGGAGUACUUUAAAGCUCGCUGCAAUGAAAAGGAUGCGGGAUGCUGGUUGGACAUCUGUCACUGGUGCUGAAAAGAAGAAGAAAAAAACAGUUGAAAAGAUCUUUGCAUAA